AUGGCUGUCUGCAACAAGCUAAUGGCUAAUCUAUCAACAUUCACUAAAACUGUUGAUGAUCCGACGAAGAAGGAUAUGUGUAUUAAAGGCAUUGGGGUAGUGGAAAUUGGGCAUUUGAGAAAGUUCAAAGAUAUUUUGCAGCCAGCCUUUGAGUUGAAGAUGAGGGCGACUGCUUAUUGGAAGAUCGUGCUAGGAAGAUUAGUGGACUUUAUGGCACUGCAUUUGCUACUGAGUAUUCAUAAUCUGGUGGACGAGGAGCUCGAAAGCGAGGUUAUCAGUGAGCUAAUGGGUGAUCCUGCUCGUGGUGGCGGAAUUGAGAGGUUACUGGGGGAGUCACCCGCUGUGGCGCGAAAAAGAGAGAAGCUCAAAGGAGUAUUAGCUGCUCAAGGAAUCCAAGGAUGUUCUGGCUACAAUCAUGGACAGAAUUGCUACAACUACUAG